GUCUCAACCAGAACAAUGAAAUACAGUUCAGCCCUGCUGCUGCUGCUGCUGCCUCUCCUGGGGACAUGCUCAUUUUACCGCUAUCAAAAUGUGGCUUUGCGUGGCAGAGCGACUCAGUCAAAGCGCUUAGAGGGAUCGCAAGAUGCGUAUGGCGCCGCCUACAACGCCAUUGAUGGAAACCGUGAGUCUGCGUUAUUGUCCGGAUCAUGCUCCCACACUGCAAGCCAAACCAAUCCCUGGUGGAGGGUGGACCUGCUGGAGUCCUACAUCGUCACCUCCGUCAUCAUCACCAACAGAGGAGACUGCUGUGCAGAAAGGAUCAACGGGGCAGAGAUUCGCAUUGGCAACUCUGUACAAUACAAUGGUGUUACAAACCCACUGUGUGGUAUAAUUAAUCAGAUCCCAGCAGGAAAGUCUUUCAGAAUGUUUUUUGCCAGACGUGUGGAGGGACGUUAUGUGACCGUGGUUCUACCUGGUGUAGACAAGACGCUCACACUCUGCGAAGUGGAAGUCUACGGUUACCGUUCCCCAACUGGAGAGAACCUGGCAAUCCAAGGAAAAGCUACGCAGUCAUCACUGUAUUCUACAGGCAUCGCAUAUAAUGCCAUAGAUGGGAAUCGUGGCACCAACUGGGAUCAGGCUUCUUGCACUCACACAAACUAUAACUUAAAUGCCUGGUGGCGAGUGGACCUGGGCAAAACCUUUAAGGUGUUCUCUGUUACCAUAACAAACAGAGAUACUUACCCACAAAGACUCAAUGGAGCGGAGAUCCGCAUUGGAAACUCUAUUUCAAACUUCGGCAACGACAAUCCCAAGUGUGCUACUAUCUCAAGCAUGCCCGCAAGUUUCACCCAAACCUUCGAGUGUAAAGGGAUGGAUGGUCGCUACGUUAACAUCGUCGUUCCUGGAAGAAGCGAGUACCUGACCCUGUGUGAGGUGGAGGUGUAUGGCCUUCUGCAAUGGGGUUUGGAAGAUUUUUUUUUAUCUCUUCUGUUGAACCAUCAGACUCCAGGGAGAAAGUUUUGCUCUGUCAGAGUCUCCAGAAUGAUGAAAGUCAGUGUUGUCCUCCUGCUGCUCCUCGUGUGGACACGCUCAGUUUCCACUUAUGAGAAUGUGGCCCUGCGCGGGAAAGCGACCCAGUCAGACCGUUACGAGCACAUAUUUGGAUCUGCCGAAAGCGCCAUCGAUGGAAACCGUGACUCGACAUUUGCGGCGGGGUCGUGCACCCACACCGACGAACACACCAACCCCUGGUGGAGGGUGGACCUGCUGGAGUCCUACAUCGUCACCUCCGUCAUCAUCACCAACAGAGGAGACUGCUGUGAACACAGAAUCAACGGGCUGGAGAUCCACAUAGGAAACUCACUACAAAAUGACGGUUUAUUAAACCCAAUUGUUGGUUCAAUUCCCGUCAUGGGUGCAGGCGUGUCGUCCACUGUGGAGUUCACUGAUCGUGUGGAGGGACGUUACGUGAUUGUGGCUCUACCAGGUUCAAAGAGGAUGCUCACACUCUGCGAAGUGGAAGUCUACGGGUACCGUGCCCCGACUGGAGAGAACCUGGCAGUCCGAGGAAAAGCCGCACAGUCGUCUGUGUAUUCGUCUGGCUUUGCUUAUAAUGCCAUAGAUGGGAAUCGUGACAGCAACUGGGAGCAGGGUUCCUGCACUCACACGAAGAAUAACAUCAGCCCCUGGUGGCGACUGGACCUGGGCAAAACCCACAAAGUGUUCUCCGUCAACAUAACAAACAGGAAUGAAAACCCAGAACGACUCCACGGGGCCGAGAUCCGCAUCGGAGACUCUCUUGAAAACAACGGCAACAACAACACCAGGUGUGCUGUGAUCAUGAGCAUCCCGCCAGGUCACGUUGCCGAGUUCCAUUGUAACGGCAUGGACGGUCGCUACGUCAACGUGGUCAUCCCCGACAGAGAGGAGUUCCUCAGUCUGUGUGAGGUGGAGGUGAUUGGAUCCAGGCUGGAUUACGAUGAGAUGUUCUGGCCUACACAGGAGCUCAUCCUGUCAGCUGAAGAAGAGCUGAAUAACUGGACCUCAGGGAUCAAAACAUUUGUUGUCACCAGGAAUCAGGAAACUAUGAAGCACGCCGUAGUUCUCCUUUUGCUGCUGUUCUUGCGGACGUGCUCGGCUUAUUCUUAUCAAAAUGUGGCUUUGCGUGGCAAAGCGACUCAGUCGCACCGCUUCGAGGGACUGAAGGAUGUUUUCGCGGCUGCCUACAACGCCAUUGAUGGAAACCGUGACUCCAGUUUCACAGCUGGUUCAUGUUCCCAUACUAUAACACAAGCCAAUCCCUGGUGGAGGGUGGACCUGCUGGAGUCCUACAUCGUCACCUCCGUCAUCAUCACCAACAGAGGAGACUGCUGUGCAGAAAGGAUCAAUGGGGCAGAGAUUCACAUCGGCAACUCGUUACAGGACAAUGGUGCUGCAAACCCAGUGGUUGGUGUAAUCUCUGAAAUCCCUGCAGGGAGCUCACACACUCUGACUUUCACCAGUCAAGCAGAAGGACGUUAUGUGACUGUGCGUCUACCUGGUUCAGACAGGGUUCUUACACUCUGUGAAGUGGAGGUUUAUGGGUAUCGUGCCCCAACUGGAGAGAACCUGGCACUCCAAGGGAAAGCCACACAGAAAUCAGUGUUUGGAUAUGGCUUGGCAUACAAUGCCAUCGAUGGGAAUCGCGCCGCCAAGUGGGAAGACGCCUCCUGCGCUCACACAGAUUACCGCUACAACCCGUGGUGGCGACUGGAUCUGCGCAAAACCCACAUGGUGUUUUCUGUUAAGAUAGUCAACCGAGAUGUCUUUGCAGAACGACUCAAUGGAGCCGAGAUCCGCAUCGGAGAUUCUCUUGACAACGACGGCAACAACAAUCCCAGGUGCGCUGUGAUCUCACACAUCCCGCCAGGUGCUGUUCAUGAAUUCCAGUGUCAUGGGAUGGACGGUCGCUACGUGAACGUGGUCAUCCCUGAAAGAGGCGAAUACUUGACCCUGUGCGAGGUGGAGGUUUACGGCUCUGUCCUGGAUUAG